CUAUAUCUAUCUUCAUCUUCUCUCUCUUUCAAUUCUCUGUCUAUGCAUGCCAUGGAAUUCUAUGGCAAGAGAAGUCUUUCUAGCUACAUGGAUGACGAGAGGAAGGCCAUUAAUCAAUCUCCAAAUCGUGCCCCUCUCAGAACCCAUCAACAAAUUUCAGAACAAGACCUCCAUUUAAGCCCUACAAGGUCUAUGAUGACCCUAAUGCCACCUCCAAGUCCAGAGUCACCAUGGACGCUCUCUCCUCUCCAUACUCCUUCCCCUUCUCUCCUUUACCACUGCAUCGCCUCCCUUCACCGCCAUGAAGGUAACAUAUACUCCAUCGCUGUUUCCAGAGGGCUUGUCUUCACUGGCUCUGAGAGCAGCCGGGUUCGUGUAUGGAGGCAACCUGACUGCAUUGAGAGAGGGUAUUUGAAGGCCAGCUCCGGUGAAGUCCGAGCCAUCUUGGGUUAUGGUAACAUGCUCUUCACCACUCAUAGAGACAACAAAAUCCGGAUGUGGAAUGUCACAAAUUCGGAUAGUUUUCGGUCCAAGAAGGUCUCAACCCUGCCUAGAAGAAGCUCAUUGUUUAUUUUCCCAAGGGCAAGUCCUCAAAAGCACAAGGAUUGCAUUUCUUGCAUGGCUUAUUACCAUGCAGAAGGGCUUUUAUACACAGGCUCCUGGGACAGAACAGUAAAGGCAUGGCGAGUUUCCGAUAAGCAGUGCGUGGACUCAUUUGUGGCUCAUGAAGAUAAUGUUAAUGCCAUUGUGGUAAACCAGGAGGAUGGUUGUCUAUUUACUUGUUCUUCUGAUGGAUCAGUGAAGGUAUGGAGGAGAUUAUAUGUAGAGAGCUCUCAUACUCUCACAAUGACUCUCAAAUUCCAACCCUCACCGGUAAAUGCAUUGGCCCUAAGCUUGUCUCUCAACACUUGCUUCCUCUACUCAGGAUCCUCAGAUGGGUUUAUAAAUUUCUGGGAGAAGGAGAAAAUGUCCGGCAGGUUCAACCAUGGAGGAUUCUUGCAAGGUCACCGGUUCGCCGUUCUUUGUUUAGUAGCAGUGGAGAAGUUAGUAUUCAGUGGCUCUGAGGAUACUACAAUCAGGGUUUGGAGGAGAGAAGAAGGAAGCUGCUAUCAUGAGUGUCUUGCAGUGUUGGAUGGACAUAGAGGGCCAGUGAGAUGCCUAGCUGCUUGUUUGGAGAUGGAGAAAGUUGUGAUGGGGUUCUUGGUCUACAGUGCAAGCUUGGACCAAACUUUCAAGGUAUGGAGAAUUAGGGUCUUACCAGAUGAUCAGAAGAAGAUGUGCUUGGAUGAAAGCAACCGGAGCGAUAGUUUGAAGGCGAAGAUAAUGGAGUAUGAGAUGAGUCCUGUGUUGUCUCCUUCAUGGGUGGCGAAAAAGCUUCAAAGUAGCCAUUUUCAGUAGCUACAUAAAAGGACGAAUGCUUAUUCCUUAGUCACUUUCCCAUAAAAUUCAGCCCAAAGUACAAACUGGGCAUUAUUAUUCCUAUUAGCCUUAUGGGUGUCUAACCCUAAACCUUAAAGUUUUCCUUUCUUGAAGUUUUGGUGUGGAUGUAGAUAUAUAUAUAUAUACAAAUAUGUAUGUGCAAUAUUCAUCUAAAGUAAGAUGAAGAAAUAAAUAUGAGCAAUAAUGACGAUUAAUGUUAAUCAAGUGCUUUGUUCA